UACAAGGGGCAACACUUGGUCCCCCUGGUGGGGUUGUGGAUGUGAUGCUAAAAAUGGUGCUCGGGUUGACUUGUGGGUAAUUGAUUCUCUGACGCUGACAACGCUCAGGAAAAUGAAGGUAUAAAUAAAUGAUGGAGCGCCACCCAGCCUCGGAGUGGACGCACAGCCCGAGGUCGGUGGAACUGGAACAGCACCUCGUAGCAGAGGGAGACCUGCCACCUGGAAGGUGCCUCCCUGGGGGACAAGGAUGCCACUCUGGGUGUUCUUCUUUGUGAUCCUUACCCUCAGCAUUGGCUCCCACUGCUCCCCGUCUCCCUCUCUGCCCCUCAGGAUGCGGCGGUAUGCAGAUGCCAUCUUCACCAACAGUUACCGGAAGGUUCUGGGCCAGCUGUCUGCCCGAAAGCUGCUGCAGGACAUCAUGAGCAGGCAGCAGGGAGAGAGGAACCAGGAGCAAGGAGCAAGGGUUCGGCUCGGCCGCCAGGUGGACAGCACGUGGGAAGACCAAAAGCAGACAGCACUGGAGAGCAUUCUGGUGGCCCUGCUCCAGAAGCACAGUGGGAAUUCCCAAGGAUGAAGACCUCAGCUGGGGCUCGGAGCACCUGGAGCCCAAACACAACUGGAUCCAGUUAAUCCUAUUUCACUUCUGACCUACUUUUUCCUUUGUAAAUACAAUAAAAUUCCCCCAUACUGUUCUGCAUUUCAA